CUUCCUCCCAACUUCAUUCCCACAUUCCUGUGUUCUCGCAACCCCAGCUGUCUGUCUGCUACCACCUUCCUCCUGGCUAAGGCUUUGCCAGAUCUUCUUUUCCUGGGAGUGGAUCUAAAAGAUCUUAAGCCCAGGGUUGUGGACGUAGGCUGUGAGGGGAGGGGAGGAGUCCUAGAAGCUGCCUCCCUCAGCCCGCCAUCGGGAAGAAGAGCCUUAGGACUGUUGGAGGGCUUUCCCUAUAAUGAAUACCCCAACUUCCAGCUCCUCCAGUCUGAUCCCAAGUUUAAAGACACUUGGCAUCACCCCACCUAGAAGUUCUUACUCCUCCUUAGGAGAACCUAAGGGCCACUGUUUCCUGUCAUCCCUUUCUCUCUCAUCACCCAGUUGACCCACGUCUCCUAAAGUGCUGAGGGUCAGGGACUCCAGUAGGCCAACACCCCCAUCAGUUAGGGACUGGCCCCCGCACCAGGAAGGGCACUAAAGGAUUAAGUUAAAGAGACAGCCCAGUUUGUGGGUUGGGGGCAAAAGCUAACUUUCAGCCUGGGGCUGCCCCUGCCACAGCAGGUUGUGGCUGAGGAGACCUGGCCCUAUCUAUGGAGAAGCCGAAGGGAAGAGAUGGGUACGUGCCUGGAAGAAUUCAUCUUUUGCCUUCUCAGGUCUCUGGACUGACUGGUCCAAGAGAGACCACAAAGUGUAUGACAGACAGACAGCUGACGCAGAUCUGUGACAAGACGAUGGCACCUCAAUCACUGCACCCAAGCUCUGGGCCACAAGUCCAGGCUGCAGGGUGGAGAGAGCCCCUAAGGCCUCUGGCACUAGAAGUUCAAGAUGUCUCUGGGUUGUGUCCACCUUCAGAAAUGGACCCCGGGUUUUGAGCCAUUUUAUCACAAGGUCUACAUCAAGAACCCUAUCCAAAGGGGAGCACCCUGUCUAGCCCUGGGCCUAUACCUCACCAGGAACCGGUCAGAAUUCCUGAGUAUCCACAAGGCAAAUUCCCCGGAAGGGCCUUCAAGUUCCACCCUGGACAGGAGGGAGAAGCUCCAGUUGUCCAGCCUGAGAGGGGGACUAGUUUCUGCCCUUGGAGCCGGCGGUCCCUCCUGAUUGCUGCAGCAGAACGAGAUGCCCAGCAAAGGUGUGAGUCCCUGGGCCAAGAGAAGGCCUGCCCCAUCGAAGGCUAAAACAGCGGAAAUGCUCCAGACGGCACUCCUGCAACAACUAGAUAAGGACUUGAUUACUGGGUUAUGACUCAGUUUAUAUUUUAAAUACUGAGUAGGACUUGAGGAUUGAAAUCUCCAGACCUGGUGUAGGAAAUUCUUCAAGUUGCCAGGGGCACUGAACACCCUAGGCAGUUCUCAGCUUCCUGGAAAGGACAGGAGGAGGAGGAGGAGGCGUUUUUUUCUGAGGGGGAAAGCAGCUUCCACCUCAUCAUCUCCAAGGCACCCCAAAUACCACCAAAAAGGGCCUUUCCCAGCUUCUCUGAAUGUGACUGGCCACCGCCAAGACUCUGCCUCAGCCAGACACGCCGGCUGAGGGACCUGUUUCCAUCUAUUUCUCCUGAUAAGAUCAGCAGGCUAGGACAGGAAGUGGGGAGGGGAAAAUGAAGGCAAAUUGUGCUGGCUUGCCCUCUGCUCCACCCUACCCACAACACCCCCAUCAGAAUUUGUGUGUGCUAGUCUGACUGGAGUAUUGUGAAAACAGCUGUGUGGCAGUGGGAUUUCGAGUAUAAUUGGGGCUGCAUAAUUCUAUCUGUGGUUGUCUGACCAUGUGAGGUUGAUCGAGUGAGGUGUGACUGUGAAUGUGUAGCUAUGGGUAUAUGCGUGUGAAUGUCCAUCAUUGGAUGCCACUGAGGAUUCUUGGCUGCUCUUAUUCAGUCACUGUACCUUCAGGCCCCACAUCAUGCACUGUCCCUCUCCUCAGCUUCUCUGCCCAGGGCUUAGGAGCCCAUGGGAAAAGGCUUUCCUAAAAGAGGAAGGGGGUUCUGGCAUAGGGGUCUGUGGCAACCAGAGCCCAGGAGUGUCACCGGAUGAGAAAUCCAUCUUCAUCUGCCUCUGACUCACCUGGUGCCCCAGGUUAAAGGUAUCCAGAUAAAAGAUAGGGGAGAAGGAGGAAAGAGAGAGAGAAGUAUCCAGGCUGCGCAGCAUGAAGGAACCCUCACCCACCAUCAGCCUCCUGCUGCUACUGUUGCUUCUGAUCCCAGACUCGGGAGCAGCAGCGCUACUGCCAUCCAGCACUACCUGCUGUACCCAGCUCUACCGACAGCCACUGUCAAGAAAGCUACUGAGGAAGGUCACCCAGGUGGAACUGCAGGAGGCUGAUGGGGACUGCCACCUCCAGGCUUUUGUUCUUCACCUGUCUGGACGCAGUGUCUGCAUCCACCCCCAGAACCGCAGCCUGGCUCGAUGGUUUGAGCGUCAAGGAAGGAGGUUCCAGGGGACUCUGCCCAACCUGAAUGUUGAUCUAAUAGGGAAAAUGGGCCAGGCCCCCCAAUAGCCAAAAUAAUAAAGCUGUAUU